AUGCUGUUCAGUGGCCACUCUAUUGUGGAUGGAUCAUGGCUUAUUAACUAACUCCCUGUGUUAGAAAAGCCCACCAGACUGGACCUCCCUAGGGACCAAACUAAGCCCAUCUUGGGAGGUAGCCAGUGCCAUAUCCUCCACCUCCUUUAAGGACCAGCUAAGUCAGUUCCUCCAUCUCCCCCUUCUUCACACCUUCCUGUGUGGUUCUGGACCACCUGUUGAAGACCCAGCAUGCCUUGUUGCCAAGCACGCAGAAAAAGAGGUCCAAACACACUGAGAAAACACCAAGGCAAAGGCAUGGCUGGGAUCCCAGCCCAGACUCCCUGUCCUCCUGCAGUGACAGUCUUGGCUGAGCUGAGCCCUUUCCUUAUGGUGUUUGGCUUGGAUGUUAGACUAGAGCGGCAGCUGUCGUAG